AUGAUAGGCCGGGGCCUACACAACGACUCGCCAGCCGAACCGUGGGUUUGAUACAUCCUGGAGUUUUUAUAUCGCUGUGUAUACCAGUGGGACGUUUUUGUUGCUUUUACGGACUAUUUUUAUUUUUUUUUUUUCAUCCUUGUUCGAGUCUCUGGUGUAAAAGCGGAAGCGGUAUUAAGGAUUGGCUGACCGGGUACAAAUUGUUACUGGAGUGCGGUUAAAAGUCACUCGUGCGCCUACUGACAUGCCCUCAAGUAAAAUAAGCAAUUGAAAGUUGGACACACUGAGGCCAGAUCGUGAAUCUGCGAGCCAAACAGUUGGAGAGAAAAACGCACCGUCAGAAAACAGCCUUUUUGCUUCGGAUCGCCCCACGAUUUUAUGCGCACUCCAAAAUGAUCGGCGGAAUCGACACUGGAUAUCGGUAGUUUCCGCCAGAACAUCCGCUAUCUGUACAGACAAACGCGUGCUGUGAAAAGACUUGGUACAGCAAACAUGACAGUGGAUUUAAAAAUGGCUUGGAAAAUGGACUCAAGUGUGACUUCAGCGGAUCAAAAGCAGCACGAUGUCAAACGAAUUUGUUGGCGAUGCGGAUUGGAACGAGAUUCUUCAAACUGUCCUUCUUCAGCUCUUGUGCCACAACUACGACACCAAACAUGCACAAAGAUGAUCCAUCCGGCGCAUUCAGCCUAUUGGUGUUUUGGGGAACGUGGUACAAUUCUCCAUGGAAACACGUGCACUUCAAACAGUGUGACGAACUCUCGGCGAGCCAGAGAUUCGUGCUACCCUAAUCUUAUGUGUACAUUCAUCAACGUAUUAAUUUUGUUGAUGAUGCCAUCAUUUUUACAUGCCCUUGCCAAUGACAUUCUGAGAUUGAACAUCCCAACGGAACCCAAUCUGGACCCGAAUACCGUCUGCAAGACCUACCCGGAUCUGACGUCACCACAGUACGACCUCUGCUUCGAAUUUCCUGACGUCACAGCGUCGGCAAUACAAGGCGUGCAGAUCGCCAUCCACGAGUGCCAAUAUCAGCUGCGCACCCAUCGAUGGAACUGCUCCAGUCUGGAGAAGAAAAAUAAAAACCCCCAUUCAAGCCCCAUACUGAGAAAAGGGUACCGGGAGACAGCCUUUGCCUACGCUAUCUCCGCCGCUGGUGUCACGCACCAGGUGUCUAAGGCUUGCAGUCUGGGCAAGCUCCAAUCCUGCGGCUGUGACGUCACUGUGUACGGACGGGCCAAAAACUGGGAGUGGGGAGGCUGCAGCCAUAAUUUAGAAUUCGGAGAAACUUUUGCUAAAAAGUUCCUGGAUUUAAAAGAAAAAGCUCACGACAUCCACGCUAAAAUAAAUCUGCAUAAUAACAAAGUUGGCCGAAUGGCGGUCAUAGAAAAUGUGCGAACAAAGUGUAAGUGCCACGGAAUGUCGGGAAGUUGUGAGCUGAAGACGUGCUGGAAGGCCGCUCCCGAUUUCAGGGAAAUUGGAGAAUUGCUAAAGAAAAAGUUUAACAUGGCCUUCCGGAAAGUUGACGUAUCAAACGAAGCCAGCGUCGAUAGUUUUAUCCCAGACCCCGAAGUCGACCCGACAGCAUUCCCUACAAAUCUGCUGUACUACGAGAAGUCUCCGAACUUUUGUCAGAACAACCCGGAAUACGAUUCUCCCGGCACUGUGGGGAGACUGUGCAACAAAUCAAGUGACGGCAUUGACAACUGUGAGACGCUGUGCUGUGGGAGAGGUUAUAACACGCUGCGCGUGCGCAGAACCGAACGGUGCAACUGCAAAUUUCAUUGGUGCUGUUACGUCGUGUGUCAAACAUGCACCUACAACGAAUGGGUCACAGUAUGCAAAUAAGGAAGACUGGUACAUGUGUCCUCUGUGCCUAUACAUUGACAUGAACACACGUACAUGUAUAUGGAUUGUGAACCGAAGAAUUGAAUGCUGACUGAAAGUGUGAAACUGGAUUACAAGUGGAACACUCAAACUCAUCAACAAGAAUUUGAGUCAGUCUAAAUGCUUGGCAUUAUGAAUCAUAAUGAUAUUACGUGUAGUUGGUGAUGAAAGCAAAAAGCUUGCUGACCUUGUAAAACGUCUAUAUAGUAUGAAACCUCACGGACGAUGCAAAAUGACGUCACGAAGACUUAUGAUGGUGUUAUGACGUGUGGUACUUUUCAAAUUGAAGCAUUUCAUUGCUGACAUAAAUACAGUCGUCUUCUGAAGUUUAUAUAAUGGUGUACGAACAAUUUACUGAUGUAACUAUUACUUAGAAAAUUUUAAAUGUUUUAAAUCAAUUUCCCAGUAUUGGGUUUUAGACUGAAUGUUGUUCAAAUGGUCGACAGUAAUUGUAGCUCGCAAAGAGUGAAACCCUGAAGUUAAACAUUCUUGCGAUUUCAACUGGUUGAAUUUUGGAGUGGUCAGUCCAUCGUGGGAAAGUCAAUAAAUCCUUUACCCAAGGUUGACUGAAAAUUGUUUUAUUCUUUCGGUCCGUAAAUCUUUGGACAUUUAGAUGAUAGUUGUAUGCCUUUAGUAAUCUUCACAUUCAAGAAUUUAAGCUAAUAUUAUUAAUUAUGUGGAACGAUGCAGGCAUAACUCUUUGAUGGUUUGUAACAAAAAGGAAAUAGGCUGUUAGGAGAUUUAUAAAGAAUAAAUUGUUAUAUAAACUUUGGUUACUUUGGCUUCCGGUGACUACAUAGCAAUUCUGAACGACCCAAGUUUGGUGACGAUGAUACUAACGCAUAUUUCCUCCGAUUUCAAGUUUUUGUUUCUUUUAUAUGGUUAUUAAAUAUUACUCUGCUCUAGAUUGUCUAUUUUUGCCUCAGAGCAUAAUU